UUGACAUUCAUCAUUAUAAAACUAACAAAGCUACUCCUUCUGGGGCUGUAUUUAAUAAUAAACACUUUAGUCCAACAAUGCGUUUACUCUGCAAAGUUUGGUAGGGUCAUACUGGAUAAUUACACCUUUGUCACAUGAUAUGCUAUAAUGAUUUUACUCUGGUUAAUUUGGUCUAAAUUUUCUUAUCAAUCAACAUAAUUCCCCCUGUAAGUUUUCAAACAUACAAACAAAAAAUGUCCCGUUUUCGUUUAUGUACAUCUGUUACAGCCAUUUUCAUAUGUGGGAAUUAUAAAACCGCAAUAAAACUAAAUAAUUAAAUUACAAUAUACCGUUUAAGAAAAAUAUCACAGCUGAGCAAUGAAAAAAAAUAUCUACACAGGAUCAUUCAUUCUGAUCUAGCAACACCAAUAACACCAAAUAUUAGUGAUAUCAUGCCUUAAAAAUAUAAACAAAUUAAACAAAUAUUUUAAUUCUGGUUAAUUUGAUAAGUCUCAGUCUUUUUUCUAGUUUUAUCACUUUUUGGAGCUUAAAUUAAAGAACACGCUUUUGCCGUAUGUAAGCAAAGUCCAUGAGCCGCGGCUUCUAAACACAGACCUCGAGAUGCCGUUCCGUAUACUGAGCUGGAAUAUUAAUGGACUUCGAUCUUUUAAGACUGGCAUGAAGGAAUUUUUGUCAUCAUUAAAUGCUGACAUCAUAUGUUUUCAAGAAACCAAAGUAACAAGGGACAAGUUGGAAGAACCCCAGGCAAUUGUGGAGGGUUAUUCAUCAUACUAUAGUUUUUCAAGAAAGAGGAGUGGGUACUCGGGUGUAGCCACAUUUUGCUCUGAACGAGCUUCCCCUAUUGCUGCCCAGGAAGGACUUUCAGGUCACUAUAUGGGAGAGUUGCAUUAUGGAGGUGGAACUACUGAGGCCCUGCCUGCUGAGUGGACAAAGGAGGAAUUGAAAGACCUAGAUAGUGAGGGUCGUGCUGUCAUUACACAACACAUCAUUAAGGAUAACAACGGCACGGGGUACGAAGUUGCCGUAAUUAACGUUUACUGCCCCCGCGUGGAUCCCGAGAAGCCCGAAAGGCGCGUUUUCAAGUUGCGCUUUUACGAGUUGCUGAGACAAAGAGCAGCUGCAAUUCAUGCCACUGGAUGUCACGUUGUUGUAGUAGGAGAUAUAAACACAUCUCAUAAGCGAAUUGAUCAUUGUGAUCCUGAUGAAUCUGAGGACUUUGAGAGACGACUUGGAAGAAGGUACCUGGAUAAAUUUCUUAUACCCCUGCACAAGAAGGAAGAUGACACUGAAAAUAAGGAAAAAAGUUUAGAUAAAGAAUGUACUUCUCUUCUACAUUUCCCAGACGAAAAAGAUUUUGGCCGCUUAAAAAUAUUUAACUGUCGUUCAAGUGAAGAAACUUUAAUACCUACAGAUAUAAGUGCUCAGAUGAGAUUGAAGAAAGAAACCAUCGAGGAACAAGGAAAAGCAGACACGAAACGGGAAAGGCAAACCAUAAACACCGAAGAAUUUGAGGAAGAUGAAAUAUCUGAUGAUCAUCUUCUAGUUUCUGGGUCAGACUUUCAGGUAGUUGAUACAUUUCGUUACUUUUACCCAAACAAAAGGGAUGUAUUCACUUGUUGGAAUACAUUUACCAAUUCCAGAUCAACAAAUUAUGGAACAAGGAUUGAUUAUAUAUUUUGUGAUGAAGAAUUCCUUCCAUGUGUGGAAAACAGCUUGGUUCUCAGUGAUGUAAUGGGAAGUGAUCAUUGUCCUGUGGCUGUUGUUAUUAAAGGAGAGUUGGUCCCUGCACCUAAACUCCCUUUAAGUUGUACUAAAUUCUUUCCAGAAUUUCGAGGUGAACAACAAAAGUUAUCCUCGUACUUUCGACCAAAAUCAUCCUUGCCCGUUGUCCAAAGAAACGCAAAUCAGAAUUCCCAUAUAUUUUCGAGAACAGAAAGUGUUGUGGGUAGAAUUUCACAGAGUGAAGCAAAACGAAAAACCAGUAAUACCAAAAUAAAGCCUCCUAAAACCAAAAAAGUUUGUGCAGAAAAUCAGAGGAAGCUCAGCUUCUUUUUCACAUUAAAUGCAAAUAACCAAAACACAGGAACAGUAUCCGUCAACUUGUCAGUAGGCAGCAGAUGUGACGAGCAGAGUACAGAGUUGAAUGCGACGGCGAGUACACGGGUGACAGAGACUCGCCUCGUUAAUCUAAGUCAAAAGAGAGAACAAGAUGAAGAUUCAGGUUUUGGUUCACAAGAUCUUCCCUCAGAUAACAUACCAGCAGAUUCAAGUUGUUCAAAAGCAGGAUUAAAAUCUAACCAAAAUAAGAACUCAGGUUGGGGUUUCCUAAUGAAGGGGCCCAAACCUCUUCCUCUCUGUCCAGGCCACAGAGAACCUGCCGUUUUGAUGACCGUUAAAAAAAAGGGACCAAAUACAAACCGUCAGUUUUAUGGAUGCGCAAGAGGUGUGGGUAAGGAAGGGGAUCCUAAUGCUCGAUGUAAAUUUUUUAAGUGGGUUGGGAAAUAGAUAUAAAUAAUCCAUUGUACGUAUUCAAAUGUAAUUAAAUUAUAGAUUCAUAGGCAUUUAUUUUUUAAGUUUGAAUGUCAGGUACAGUACAUGUUAUUACAAGCAUAUUUGAGAAAAAGAUGGAAUUCUUGAUACUGUACUGUAUUUAGUUGUCACAGACUGAGAAUGAAAAAUUAAGUCAUCAUAGUUGCAUCAGUAAAUGCAGUACAGCAUCAUAAAACUCUGGUUUUUAAUUCGGUUUUCUUAUACAGUACCGAAUUUGUAUUUUUUAUUAACUUCUUUAUAGCAUGUUGAAUGACUUUUAUACAAUAAAACAUUGAUUUGAA